AUGGCACCCCAUGCUAGACCAAUGGAAGAUGCCUCAACAACGUACUAUGUACCCGAGAGCAGCCGCAAGCAGAUGCAGGACUGGAAAAGCACGGAAGUCCGUGGCAGCAGUGACAUUCUAGAAGCACAAGUGAACAAGACCUUUGGUGACUGGCGAGACGAUUUCUUUAAGCAUGGAUAUGCUUUGGUGAAGAAUGCUGUACCUCGAGAGCGCGCUUUGGGAUAUCAGCAACGGGCAUUAGACUGGCUUACCAAGUUCAACAUGGGUCUGGACUAUAAUGACCCAUCAACGUGGAAUGCCGAUCAUCUGCCUGUCAUGAUGAAUGCAGGGAUGGUUCUGAAUUAUUGUGCCGCACAUGAAAAAUGGGUUUGGGAUGCCCGAUGCGAAGAGGGUGUUAUCAAACCAUUUACCCAGCUUUGGCAGACUGAGGAGCUGCUGGUGUCGUUUGAUGCUGUCAACAUCACAUUACCGGGCCGUAAGGAUGUUAAAUGGAGCCCAUGGCCACACGUCGACCAGGCUCCGACUCGCACCGGCCUUGCCUGCGCACAGGGCGUCAUUUUGCUUUCCGAUGCUGGUCUCAAGGACGGCGGGCUGAUCGUGAUGCGUGGGAGCUCCAGUCUUUUCGAGCAGUUCUUUCACGAGAAUCCACCCACGGAAAAGCCAGCCGAUGCCCCAGGUCAAUUUGACUGGUAUGGGUAUAAAAUGGAAGAAUUGAAAUGGUUCGAAGAGCACGGCUGUGAGAUGAUUAAGAUCGAGGCAGAAGCAGGUGACAUGAUCAUGUGGGAUUCUAGAACCAUUCACCAUGCCUCUCUCCCGGAGAAUAACAACAUCCGCACGGUUGUGUACGCCGCAUACACGCCUCGAAGCCUGGCUUCAGAUAAAGACCUCGAGUUGAAACAAGAAUGUUUCAGGAAAUGGGAGGGAACCACUCACUGGCCACACUGUAACAUUUUCCCGCAGGGCAAAGCUUAUCGCAACGGUGAGAUUUGUCCACACGAGCGAGAUGAGCCACUGGAAAAGCCAGAAUUGACAGACAAGCUGCUGAAACUUGCCGGCGUUCAGGCAUACUGA